AUGAUGGCUUUGCCGCCGAGAGGCCUACAGUGGUUUGCUUGGCGCAACGACUGGGAGAGGGGGUGGGUGACGCAGGAGCUUGGGCCGGACGGGGAAGCGAUCAGCCUGGAAAUACGCCACACCUGGCUGAUAAUCCGAGAGCAACAAUCACGGGCGGUUGUGGCAGUGCCUGAGCGCCGAGUCCCGAGAAAGGAAGCCUUCUACCAAGUACAUGGUGCACACAAUUCCUGA